AUGCGGCUUCUAUAUUUUUCCAUGGUUUUGCUCUGGGUUCUUGGAGCAUCCGAAUGUCAAGUGAUACCAUCGUCAAGGCGGACGCUUCGAGUUGGAAUUGCAGCCGCACAAGACACUCAAUCUGGAUCUAUAGGAUGGGCAUCUUGUGGUGGAACUCUUCCAAUUGCAGUACAAUACUUGAAAUCCAAAGGAUUUUUGACAGAUUUUGAUGUUGAAUAUUACAUGGAAUAUACCGAAUGCGAUAGAGCAAGCGUCGCGAAAGCUGGAAUGAAGUUUAUGAAGGAAAUGAAUGUAGAUGUUGUAGUGGGACCAUCAUGUGGCGAUGCUCUGGCAAUCAUGGGAACUUUAUCGGCUAUUUACAAGAAGCUGGUUCUUGGAUGGGGAUUUGUCAGUGAUACCCAGUUGGCUGAUACCAAUAGAUUUCCAUAUGUUGCAUCGGUACAGCCAACUGCGCAAACCCUUGGCCUUGCCACAUCAAGAAUCUUGGAAAUGUUCCAAUUUGAUCGAGUGGCACUUUUAUACUAUAAGGACGACCAAGACUACUGUAAAUCAGUAAUGGAUGAUGUUGAGGCAACCUUAAGCGACCCUGAUCUAUAUCCAGUGCGGAUUGUCUGGAAAGGGGAACUACAAUCAGAUAAUGAGGCAUUAACAAGAUCGACAUUGCAAGCUGUAAAGAGUCGAGCUCGUAUUGUUCUUUUAUGCGCAAUUAGUGGUCCUGAAAAACGGAAUUAUUUGAUAAGUAUUGCUCAACAGAAUAUGACUACAAAUGAAUACGUUCACAUACUUUUGACAAUGAGGAGUAUUGGAUAUGGUGUACAAACAAGUUUGGGAAAGAAGACAUUUGCAAAUGGACUAACUCCACUUUGGGAGUCAUUCACAGUAGCACCUGAUGGAAACGAAACAAACGCCAGGAGAGCGGCAGAGAAAAUGCUUGUGAUUGAUGUCAACAGUGACGUUCAGGACGCUGAAUUCCUUCAAUACCUCACCAAAAAUAUUGCGGAUGCUGUUAGAAAUCCUCCAAUGAAGUGUAAUACUUCAGAAUGUAUAAAUGCCUCUUCUACGUCAAUGGGAUCCUACGCUCGACAUCUUUUUGAUGUGUUUUACUUAUACGGGAUGGCAGUUAGCAAGCUCAAUUCAACAGAUCCAACGGUAUACGGGAACUUGAACCUCCUUAUGCCGCAAAUGGUUACUAGCUUUGAUGGAAUGACUGGAAGAGUUCAAAUUGGUCAAAAUCUCUACCGCGUCCCAACCUAUCAACUAUACGGUUUAGAUGAAAAAUACGAGCAAGUGGCACUAGUUAACAUGACAUUUUACAACUCGUCUUCGCAAUUGUCACGGGGAUACUCAGAUGAAGGACGAAGUGUCUGGCAUUUCUGGGAUGGAACCCGUCCUUUGGAUACUCCAAUUUGUGGUUUUUCUGGAAGAUAUUGUCCAGUUCAAUUUUGGGAUCAAUACGGCGUCCUGAUAUUUGUAGCCAGUAUUGUAUUGAUUUUCCUAAUAUGUAUUAUGCUCAUGUGCUUUGGCUUUAUGAUCAGAGGUCGGAGAGCUGAACAAGAAAGAUUGAAUUCUGAAUGGCAAAUUCCAUCGAUUCAACUUAUAAUGCCACAAAAAGAAAAACGAAAGCCAAAUAGUCGAAGAUCACUACAAUCCGGGCCAUCAACUAUAACCGGAGAAAGUAAAAUGACGAUUGAUGGUGGAUUUCAUGAAAAUUAUACAGUUCAAAUGUUUGAGAAAGACUUGGUUCUAACCACCAAACAUCAUAGCAUGCAAAUGAAUAAAGAAGAGAAGGAGAAAUUUGUUAAGCUUCGAAAAUUGGAACAUGAUAACUUGAAUAAAUUCAUUGGAUUAUCUAUCGAUGGACCUCAGUUUGUGGCUGUCUGGAAGAUGUGCUCAAGAGGAUCACUUCAGGAUAUCAUUGCGAGAGGCAAUUUUUCAAUGGAUGGAUUCUUUAUGUUUUGUAUCAUUACGGACAUUGCAGAGGGUAUGAACUUUCUUCAUAAAAGUUUUCUGCAUCUUCAUGGAAAUCUACGUUCAGCUACUUGCCUUGUCAAUGAUAGUUGGCAAGUUAAACUAACAGAUUUUGGAUUGGGAGCCCUUCUUGAAGAACAUACUCCAUCCAAAAAACGAUUACUAUGGGCAGCUCCAGAAGUUCUUAGAGGAUCAUUGACUAUUCAUCAGAUGGAUCCUUCAGCCGAUGUAUACUCUUUUGCGAUCAUUGCUUCUGAAAUUCUCACCAAACGAGAAGCAUGGGAUAUUUCAAAUAGGAAAGAAGGUGCAGAUGAAAUACUGUACAUGGUGAAAAAAGGAGGAAAUCGUACUAUCCGACCGGAGUUAAUACUUGAUGCGGAAGUUAGUCCAAGAUUGACGACAUUGGUCAAGGAUUGCUGGUCGGAGCAGCCGGAGGAUAGGCCAAAAGCUGAGCAAAUUUGCAAGUUGCUCUCUGAAAUGACACCGAGAGGAAACACAAACCUAAUGGAUCAUGUAUUCAACAUGCUAGAAGAAUACACAUCUACACUCGAAGUUGACAUAGAAGAACGUACAAAAGAAUUAACAUUGGAAAAAAAGAAAGCAGAUAUUUUAUUGAGUAGAAUGCUUCCAAAACAAGUUGCAGAACGCCUGAAAGCAGGGCAAACUGUGGAACCAGAAGGGUUUGAUACAGUUACAGUACUCUUUUCUGAUGUCGUUAAAUUCACGCAACUCGCUGCAAAGUGUAGUCCAUUUCAAGUCGUGAAUCUGUUAAAUGACUUGUACAGCAAUUUUGAUACCAUAAUUGAAGAGCACGGAGUUUAUAAAGUGGAAUCAAUUGGAGAUGGAUAUCUUUGUGUUUCUGGGUUACCGACAAAAAAUGGAUAUGCCCAUAUUAAGCAAAUAGUUGAUAUGUCACUCAAGUUUAUGGAUUACUGUAAGAGCUUCAAGGUUCCUCACCUACCAAGAGAAAAAGUUGAACUAAGAAUUGGAAUUAAUAGUGGGCCUUGUGUUGCCGGUGUCGUUGGUCUAUCCAUGCCCCGUUAUUGCCUAUUUGGGGAUACAGUGAACACUGCGUCGAGAAUGGAAAGUAAUGGAAAACCAUCAAUGAUUCAUAUGUCAGAAGCUGCACAUUCUCUGCUCACAGAUCAUUAUCCUCAUCAAUAUGAAACAAGUUCAAGAGGAGAAGUGAUUAUAAAAGGAAAAGGUGUAAUGGAAACAUUUUGGGUUCUCGGAAAAACUGACAGUGACACAAAAUCAUUGAGCACUCGAACAACGCCACCUAUCACUGAUGAGAAUUGGCCUCCACAAAUGAAAGAAGAUUUAAAGAAGCGAGCAGUGACACCUUAUCCAGAAAGGCAGAGGAGUGGAAAAUCAAAAAUGGAUACGUUAAAAGUUGUUUAA